AUGCAUUUCUCCAACUCUAUGCUGUUGAUGACGGCGCUGACCGCUGGGUCGGCUGUCGCUCGUCUUCACGGCCACGACCGCCGUCACAACCACGUCAGAGACGUCGUCGACAUUGACAUCGAGCCCACUGUCACUGCUGCCCCCCAGAUUGCCAAUGUUGAGAAGCGUGGUGAAGAUGUUGUUGCCGCUACCAUCGACGGCAAGCUCGUCCACUGGAUCAACAACUGGUUCGGCGAGUCCUCCACUUCUUCUGAGGCUGCUUCCACCACCGAGGCCCCCAAGUCUACCGCUGCUCCCACUUCCACCACCACUGCCGCCGCCGCCCACUCGACCACCGAGGAGGCCAUUGAGAGCGUCAAGCCUACCCCCGCUGCCUCCAGCUCCUCCAGCUCCAGCUCUUCCGGUUCCAGCAACUGGGCCAACUACCCCUCCGACGGCAAGUACUCCACCACAGGAUUCGGUUCCUCCACUGGCAGCAAGCGCGUUGGCUCCCUCGACUGGGACUACAUCGGCAACGUCGGCAGCCCCUGGGGUAGCAACAUCAUCCGUGUCGAAGAGGACACCGCCAGCGAGUACAAGCACGUUAUCCGCUUCGAGAACGACAACUCCAAGGCCUGGACCGUUGUCAUGUGGAACUCUUACGGCCCCAGCGGCGGUCUGAACGGUUUCUGGAGCCCCAACAAGGCUCUAAGCUUCACCGUCGAGCCCGGCCACAGCACCUUCGUUGCCAUCGAUGACGACUCCCAGGGUGGUUGGGGUGCCGCCGAGGGCGAAGGUCUCCCUACCAACAUGGUCGGCGAGUACGCCUCCACCUGGGGUGAGUUCGACAUGAGCAACUCCCAGAACGACGGCUUCUCCGGCUGGGAUGUUUCCUGCAUUAUCGCUGAGCUCGCCGACCUGCACAUUGCUGGUAUGCAGAUCUGUAACCACGAGGGUGAGAAGUGCUCCUCCAUCUCCCAGGGUGCUUCCAGUGUUGUCAGCGCCUACACCGCCGCCGACCAGGGCAAGCCCGACAAGGCCGUCGCCCAGUCCGCUGGCCCCGUCCGCCUCGUUGUCAACCUCGGCUGGUCCUCUUAA